AGGAACCAGAGCCGUCAGAUCUGACUGAUAGGGUCUAACCGAAGCGAGUUCUGCUCCUGGAAGCUUCUCUUCUGCUUCUGGAAGCCUUUCUUCUGCUCUUCUCCGUUGUCGCCAAGGUCCCAGAUCGGAGCGCCGAAGAGGAGGAGCGCCAUGGUAUGGAGAACAGCAACGAAACGAAUCAUGCAGUAGCUACAGAAGUUGGUUGGUACAUUCUUGGCAAGAAUCAAGAACACAUUGGUCCAUAUGCAUUCUCAGAGUUGCAAGAACAUGUUGUGAAUGGAUACAUAUCCGAGAACACCUUCCUAUGGGCUGAAGGGAGAAGUGAAUGGAUGCCACUAUCCUCAAUCCCGGAAUUACAUAUGGGAAUUGCUGCUCGGAGAACCGAUCAGUCUACAACUGGUAGAGUGUCUUUUAAAGAAUCUGGACCCAAGACUAAUUUUGGGGCUUAUGUGUCUAAUUUUACUGCUUGUUCAGCAGGCACACUAGAUGACGAGGAUGAUUUCAUGAAAUGGCAGAAGGAGGUUAGAGAGGCUGAGGCAGAGGCCGAGGCUUUGAAACAUGGAACUUUGACUGGUGGCUCUGGUCAAGGAGAAGGUGAACAAGAAGGUAUAGUAGUAGGCCCUGAUGAUAGACCAGGAACGCCACCGGAUGGCGAGGAAGAAUUUACGGAUGAUGAUGGAACUACUUAUAAGUGGGAUCGUGGGCUUAGGGCAUGGGUUCCUCAAGAUGACCUGUCAAGUAAAAGAGACGAAUAUGGAGUUAACGAAAUGACUUAUUCAUUCGACGAGGAGUUAUUUCCAGCACUGCAGGCUUCUGAGAACUCUGUACCAGAAGAAAACAACACUAUGACUGAGAAAGUGGAAACACAAUCUGAGCAGCAGCAGAAGGUGCCUGAGAAGCCAAUUGAGAAGAAGGAAGCUAAUAAACCUCCAGAUAGUUGGUUUGAGUUAAAAGUGAAUACACAUGUCUAUGUGACAGGCUUGCCUGAUGAUGUUACUGUUGACGAAGUAGUGGAAGUAUUUUCCAAGUGCGGCAUCAUAAAGCAGGACACUGAAACGAAAAAGCCUCGAGUGAAGAUCUAUGUAGACCAUGAAACAGGCAGAGUAAAGGGGGAUGCACUUGUGACAUAUCUGAAGGAGCCCUCCGUUGAUUUAGCGAUCCAAAUUUUGGAUGGGACCCCACUCCGUCCUGGUGGAAAGAUACCGAUGAAUGUCACCAAAGCUAAGUUUGAGCAAAAAGGAGAAAAAUUUGUGGCGAAACAUGUGGAUAAGAAAAAGAAAAAGAAACUAAAGGUGGUUGAAGAGAAGAUUCUUGGAUGGGGUGGACAUGAUGAUGCCAAGCUGAAAAUUCCAGCAAUCAUUGUUUUAAGCAAUAUGUUCACUCCUGCUGAAUUGAGGUCUGAUGAGAAUCUUCUUCCGGAACUGGAAAUGGAUGUUAGAGGGGAAUGUAUGAAGCUUGGUCCAGUUGAUUCUGUUAAGGUCUGUGAAAAUCAUCCGGAAGGUGUUGUCUUGGUAAAAUUUAAGGAUCGCAAAGAUGGUGCAAAGUGUAUUGAGCUGAUGAAUGGAAGAUGGUUUGGGGGCAGGCAGAUACGUGCACGGGAAGAUGAUGGUUCCGUUAACCAUGCUCAUGUUCGGGAUCUUGAUGAAGAGGUAUCUAGGCUGGAGCAAUUUGGUGCAGAACUCGAAGCCGGCUGAUAGCAGAUUUGGGGAUUCCUUGUUAUAGCCAGUACAGUGACAGUUACCGGAUAUAGUUCUUGGGAGGAUUACUCAUCUUACUCUCACUUCCAUGGCUUAAAACCCAUCAAUAGGUUGCAUGGAGUCAGGAUGAUUUGAAGCAUUUUUGUAGCAUCAAUCCUGUAUAUUUGACAAGAUAAGAGACAUACAAUGUUGCCCAAACUGUCAUUUAAACAUUAAAUGGCUUCGGUAUGAGCAGCUGUUGUACCAAAAAAAAAAAAAAAACAUUAAAUGGCUGAUAGUUUGUAGCAGAAGGUCAGCAGGUCCUGUUUUGUGGUUCAGCAAAAACUGUUUCAAUCAUUAUGGAGGUGCGAUCCUAACCAUUAUGUGUUUUAUCCUGUGAUGGUGUAAAUAACACUGCUACAGUCUGGGAGACUGAUUAAGUUGGUGGUGCUGUGUCUUGAUAUUUGUACCGCAUUGGAGAGUAUCAGAAUCCAUGUACCUUGUGGUUUAGUACUGUGAACACAAAGUUCUAUUAGCUGGUACUAAGCUCUAUGUGCCUUGGUUUUAUAGUUCGACUGUUCAUGUUUAAAGUUAAGUAUUCAGAUA